AUGCCUUCAAUAUUUGUUUUCUCUUUCUUUCUUUACCUUAUAUUUUUUUUCACUAUCUUUCUAUCCUUACCGUUUUUUAUCUACCUUUUCUUAUACUCUUUUCUACUAUUCCUCAAUUCAGUUUCGUUCCUGUUUUCUUAUAUUCUAUCCUUCUUUUUUUCCGAACCUUCUUUUCUCCUAUCAUCUUUUGCCUAUAUCCUUUAUUCUUUCCUCGCUUUUAGUGUCAGUUCCUAUUUCUUUCCACCUUAUCUAUUUCUCACUGCCUUAAUUGUUUUUUCUAUUUCGUACGUUUACUUUCCUUUUAUAUUUAACUUUCUUCCCUUCCUUCCUUCCUUCCUUCCUUCCUUCCUUCCUUCCUUCCUUCCUUCCUUCUUUCUUUUUUCUCCAUUUCAUUCUUCGCAUUUACUUUUAUAUUUUUUUUACAUCUUUCCAUUUCUUUCUUUUUCCUCUAUUACUUUUCUUUCUGGUUCCAAUCUUUUCUUUCUUUUUUCUUGCAUUCGUUUUUUUUUCUUCUUUUUCUUUUCCUUGAUUGUUCGUUAUCUACCUAUUUCUUUUCUAUCUAUCUAUCACAUUCUUUUCAUAUCUAUCUAUUUCUUUAUCGCGCCCUCAUAUCUAUCUAUGACAUUUAGAAUUUAUAAGUCGUUCAUAUCUAUCUAUCUAUCUAUCUAUCUAUCUAUCUAUCUAGCUCACUCGUUUCAUAUCUAUCUAUCUAUCUAUCUAUUGCACUAUUUUCAUAUUACUAUAUAUUCGUUUUCUUUCAUUCUAUCUAUCUAUCUAUCUACCUAA